AUGGAUCUGAGCUUGGACGAAUUAAUCAAGAGCAAACGUUCAACGUCUCGUGGUGGACGUCGCGGUGGCGGCAGACAAGGCGGUUCCAGAGGUGGCGGUAUUAAACGCGGAGGCGGCGGUGGCGGAGGAUCGAAUUUCCGAUCAAAUGGUGUAGCCGGCGGUGGCGGUGGCCCUAUGCGUAGAGGCAGACCUAUGGCCAGGCGUUCAAAUGGAUUUAGUCCUUAUUCUAAGGGUGAUGUAAAUGGAUCAUGGACUCAUGAUAUGUACGAAGGACCUAAAAGACAACAAAUGAGGGGUGGUCUAUCUACUACCAAUAUUCAUAAAAUAGUUAUAUCAAAUUUGGAUUUUGGAGUUACAUCAACUGAUAUACAGGAACUUUUUGAUGAAUUUGGGCCUUUAAAAACUGCUACAGUUCACUAUGACAGAUCAGGUAGAUCAUUAGGAACAGCAGAUGUUGUUUUUGAUAGUAAGAAUGCUGCAUUAAAAGCAGUUCGUCAAUACAACAAUGUACCCUUGGAUGGUCGUCCUAUGAAGAUAGAACUCGCCACGGACUUAUCUACUGUUGCCAAUCUUGCUACUCGCUUGAGUAGACCAGCCCAAUUGCCAGUCCGGGGUACUCGUGGUGGAGUUAGAGGUAACCGAGGUAACUCCAGAGGUGGUCGUGGUAAUAGUCGUGGCAACACCAGAGGACGAGGUGGAGGCGGUGGCAGAGGUGGCAGGAAUAAUGAAAAAAAGAUGCCAAAUAAAGAUGAAUUAGAUGCACAGCUUGAUAGCUUUAUUAAAAGCAAAAAUAACUAAUUGAUUUUAUAUUGUACUUAUUUCUGUAUUUUCUAAUAUCUAUUUUUAAGUAUAAAAUAGUAUUUGACGAUAAAAAAAGCGUUGUUAGUUAUUAACUUAAAUAACUCGUAAUAAUUUCUAUUAGGUUAAAGUAAAUUGAACCUACAAUUAUACACUUUUAUAAUUUAACUACUUUUCAAUUAUUUGUACAUUAUUCCCCUUAAGUUUUCAUGCAAAAUAUACAUUUUUUUUAUUGUA